AGCUUGUCUAAAGGCCAUGCCUGAAAAUAAUAUAUCUUGAUUACAGAGGUGGACUCAUCUAGUGAGCCAAACUGGAUGAAGGGAAAGAGGAGAAGCGGUAAUAGCUGAGGCUGUGCAGGAAGCCUUGGACAUUAGUUUGAGCAUCUUCAUAUACAGCAAAGAUGUUCCAACCAAAACCAGAAAAAGGCAUAUCAGCUUUUCACGGAGAAAUUGGUCAUGGUAACAGGUUGUUGGAUGGCGCUGGCUUCUCCCCUACGGAAGAGGAAGAGGAGACUUCAUCAACCAAUGCUGCACCAGCAGUAAUAGUUGAGAAACCGAGGGAUGAAGUGGCGAUUCUAAUCGAGGGUAAAGUGCGAGACACGCCGUCGUUUUGGCCAGAUUGUUGUAUUUACAAAGUCCCCCAGAGGUUUCGCACAGGAAAUGAAGAGUUCUAUGAACCCCGGGUGGUCUCAAUCGGACCUUAUCACUUUCACCAAGGAAGUUUCCCACAAAUGCAAAUCUUUAAACUCAAAUACUUAGAGGCCUUCUUGAGCCGAAACGAGCUCAGCUUAGACCAAUGCCUCGGCCUUGUGAGAACGUGGGAAGCAAAAGCCAGGCGUUUUUAUGUAGACCUCAUUGACCUAAGCAGUGAUGAAUUUGCCGAGCUGAUGCUGGUGGAUGCAAUUUUUGUCUUGGAGCUUAUGAUCAGACACCAGUUUUUCGAAUAUGUAGACAAUUGCGACCGGAUUUAUAGAAAGCCGCGGAUGAUCGAAGAUGUUUUCCAUGAUGUCUUGCUGAUUGAGAACCAAAUUCCCUUCUUUGUUCUUGAGGGUUUGUAUGACCUUGUUGAUAAUAGCUCCAAAGGAACUCUCAAAUUUUUUGUCGAGCUUACGCAUGAGUUCUUCAAGGCUUCUGUCAAAAUCAACGAGUUUGGUGCUGAUCGUGCACCUGUGCCUGGAGUUAACCACGGAGUGAAGCAUUUUGUUGAUUUUAUUCGGUGCUACUACUUGCCUACGGAGGACGAAAAGCAUGAAUAUGGCCAUAGGUUUUAUGAAAUCCCACCAAGCGUGACAGCGCUAGUGGAUGCUGGAGUUAAGUUUGCCACAACAAGCACGAGGUCCUUACUUGACAUACAAUUCAACAGAGGAUGUCUCAAAAUUCCGAAUUUUAGGGUAGACGAUUGGACGGAAACUGUCUUCAGGAACCUGAUUGCCUUCGAACAGUGCCACGAUGAUCACCAGGUGAAGUACAUUUCAGACUUGAUGUUCCUCAUGGCGUGCAUGAUCAAGACUUCAAAAGACGUGGACUUGCUCAUUGAACAUGAAAUUAUAUCUAACAUGCUGGGGAGCAACGUUGAUGUGUCCGCUCUGUUUAACCAUAUUGGCCAACGGGUUGGUUUGGGUCAGCCAUACUAUUACUUUAGUCUUUGCAAAAAACUCAAUGCCUACUGCAAGGCCCCUUGGCACAGAUGGAAAACUAUUCUGAAGUGCGACUAUUUCAACACUCCAUGGAAAGUUGUUUCUACAAUUGCUGCAAUUGUACUCCUUGUGCUCACACUCGUACAAACGAUAUGCUCUAUCUUAUCCCUAUAGCUUUGCAUUAUUUA